AUGGGUAUUCCUAAUCUACUGCCAUUUGUCAAAAAAGCAUGUCGUCAGGGUACUAUCAAUGAAUUUGCUGGUCAUUCGAUAGCGGUUGAUGUGAGCUGCUUGUUGCACCGUGGGUUAUUCGGAUGUGCAGAUCGCGUUGCACAAGGCAUCGACACGGAUUUUUAUAUUCGUUAUGUAAUGAAGUAUGUGCAAGCACUACUGGCUAUCCAUGCUCACGUAAUCCUUGUUUUUGAUGGUAAAUCAUUACCUGCCAAGCAAGAGACGAACAGUGCCCGUCGUGAACGACGUGAGGAGCAGAAACGUAAAGGUGAGCAGUUUCUGAGUGAGGGCAAAAACAGCGAAGCAUAUAAUUGUUUCAAGCAAAGUACGACGAUUACUCGUGAGAUCGUUGAGAAUACCAUUGAAGCAUUUCGCGAGAUGGACAUGGUUGAUAUCUUGGUGGCACCGUAUGAAUCGGACGCGCAGUUAGCAUUCUUAACUCAAACUGGAAUUGCUCAUGCGGUAGUGACCGAGGAUUCUGAUUUGAUAGCAUUCGGUUGUGAGAAGAUAAUACUCAAAAUGCAAGCAGAUGGUUCAUGUACAAUAUAUGAAAGAAGUGAGUUACCGAAAUGUUUCUCUCGACCACUCUGUGAUGAUUUUGACUUCACAAAAUUCCGACGUAUUUGCAUUCUCGCUGGUUGUGAUUAUCUUAAGAACGGUUUACCGGGAGUUGGUCUCAACAAAGCUGCAACAUUCAUGUCGAAAACCUCCGGAACUAAUUUGGAGCAGAUUUUACCUCGAUUACCGCGUUAUUUGAAUAUGAAAAAUUUGAAAAUCAAAAAAGAAUUUAUCGCGGAUGCGAUACGGGCCGAGAACACCUUUUUACAUCAGAUUGUCUAUGAUCCUCGUCAACGACGACAACGACCUCUGAAUGAGUAUCCAAAAAGCUAUGGGACUCCGGAAGAUGAAGAUGUUAUCUUUUUUAACUUCAAACAUGUGUUAUUAACUUUGAAUUCACAAAUUUUGAUUUUUGUUUGCCUUACGAUAGAUGACGAAAAUCAAACGGAUUAUUCGUAUGCGGGGAAAAUUGACUCACCAACAACCGCUUUCAGGCUAGUAUCUACAUAUUCGAAUUCAGAUGCACAAUUGGAUUUUAAGAUUCAGUGGCCGCUGAAUUUUUUUUUUGGAUGUGAAGGUGUGAUGUGUGCGUUGAUAUUUCGAUUAACUAUGUCUCUUGUUUGCAUAAUGAUGGCACUUGGUAACUUAGCUGAGCAACCGCGGAUGAGCGAUAAGUUCACAUUACCAAAAGAAAUUCCUGAAUGGUCGAUUUGGAGUCCGAACUUCAGAAAUGGUGCCGAACGAUUGAAAACUAGGAAAGAAGCCGAAGAAGCAAAGAAGCAAAUGUGUGGAGCAUUCGUGUUGACUGGUGUUAGAAAAGUUCAACGAUCAUCGACAGCAAUAGUUUAUGAGAAGAAUGCGAGGGAUGACGAUACAACUGUGAGCGGUGAAGAAGACGAAGAUGAUUUCAUCCAACCGAUACAAACAAAAUCAAAUCAUGCGUUACAGGAUUACUUCCGUUCAUUAAGCGCAGGAUCAGCACAAAAAUCUAAAGUGGAAAGUACGCGGUCGUGUGAAAUAACACACCAGCGGGACCAAAAAAUCAGUAUGAAUCGUUCGACGGCAAACGAUGCAAUGCACUUAACUAAACGAAGAACUAAUGGCAUAUCACGUAAAUGGAAUUGCGAUGAUUUGAUGAAAAUUUAUGGCAUCGUCGAUCCACGAGCUGCGAUUUCGGACGCAUCGCCGAGUUCAUCUCAGGUGUCUUCUUCUAGUGAUUCAUCACAACCGUUGAUCAAAGAUCAGUUGUCUCACACUCGCAAUUCCACCGCAGAUGCAGCCGAUAAUUCGAUAGUCGUUGAAAGUUUGGCAAAAGGAAUUUGUUCAUCCUCGGAUGUCGCCGAUCAGUCCACCUCACAUAAAUCGGAUUGUGAGAAUGUCGUCAAUCCUGAAAAUUCCCAAGUAGACGAUCGAAAACGAAGUCAUACGUCAGAAGAAUGGCAGACGAGCUCAUCUGUGAAGUUGUCACAAGCCGAGUCGUCAUCGUCAACAUCAAAAUCGCGCAGUUCUUAUUUCAUAAAUCGAGGAGCAAGAACAAGUGGACUUCCAAGACGAUCUCUCAAUCCGUUCAAGAAACCGAAAAUUUUAUCCGAUUUUGAUGGAAACAUAGAGAAGGAUAAUGAUGCAACGAAUUUUGAUCAGAAAUCGACCUCUGAAUGCAUCAACGCAAUAUCCUCAUCGAAUCCGAUAAGCAGUGGUGAUGCUGGUAUGAAAGUUUUUGGUGAUUCGAUUUUUUUAACUCGGAAAAAANCCUCAUCGAAUCCGAUAAGCAGUGGUGAUGCUGUUGCGACAACAACGACAUCGUAUCGUGUCUCAGGACUUUCGCGGUGUUCGUCAAUGAAGGAAGGCAAUUAG